AUGCCCAACAUCCGCGUCCUGCGCGACAUCAAAGCGCGCAACGGCGUGCAAACCAACGAGCUCCUCCGCCGCGCCUACCUCUUCGUCGCCCGCAACGAGACGCUCUCCCCGCAGGUCCGCCACCAGGCGCAGCUGCAGCUGAAUACGUUUGGGAAGUACGCGCGGCCGACGACGGUGAAGAAUAGGUGUGCGGAGAGCGGGAGGGGGAGGGGGGUGAUGAGUGAGUUUGCGCUUUGUAGGUACCAGUUCCGCUUGAAAGCUCUCAACGGAGAUCUUCCCGGCGUGAAGAAGGCUUCGUGGUAACCCACCCACUCACGCACGUCUUGCUUCGAGCUCCUUCCCUUCCCUUACCACUCCAACACACACAUCCGGGUGUACGUCCCCCACUCCUCACGCAAGGCUGUUGGAAUCGUAUCAGGAAAUAGAAAAUACAAGGACGCGUAUAUGUGUAUGUAUAUUAUUGUCUGUUAGACAUGGAAGUGGGAUGGGAAGGGGAGAGGGAUGGGUUUGAGCGAUAGGACGCGGUAUGGGGAACGGAGUGUGCAGUGGUAGCAGUAACAAGUUCACCCCUAGAUAAAAGAAAAGACCUGGUCUUCGGUUGGGAUAUGAACUUAAUUCCUCCUUCCUGAGCUGAACUUCUGUUGUUUUCUGGCCUCCUACAAGAGUUCGACUAUAGUAAUCCUUUUAUCUAAUCAUAAGUCUCAUUGUGAUC